GCUAAUCCGGAGGUGCUAAAUGACAACUUCAGCCGCUGCCCAACAAGCAUAUGAAUCGGAUCCCAAGUACAAGAAAUACACCCAGCAGGUCGAGAAAUGCCUCAAUUCGUUUGAUAAUGUACACGAAUGGGCAGAUUGUAUCGCGUUUUUGAAGCAACUGCUCAAGACCUUCCAAUCGUACAUGCAGUUCAAGGAGAUCCCACGCAAGUUGGUUGUCGCAAAACGGCUGUCGCAGUGCUUGAAUCCCGCUCUACCUACGGGGGUGCACCAGCGGGCAUUGGACGUUUAUGCUCAUAUUCUCGCAGUAUUGGGGUCGGAAGGUCUCAGGCGCGAUCUAGCACUCUGGUCAUUUGGUCUUUUCCCCUUCUUUGAAUACGCCGCAACAUCCGUCAAGCCUACUCUCCUGAAUCUGUAUGACACGCACUAUCUGCCGCUGCAAAGUGGCUUGCGUCCUGUAAUGAAGUCAUUCAUUAUAGCGCUGUUGCCCGGAUUGGAGGAGGAGACUGGGGAAUUCUUUGAAAAGGUAUUGAGUCUACUGGAUCGUCUGUCUGGGGCCGUGUCAAUGUCGUUCUUCUUCCAAAACAUCUGGCUGGUCAUGCUGACAACGCCAGCUGCCCGUGGGACAUCCCUCAAUCUUCUUUCACGUCGACUCCCGCGGUUAAGUAGUGAUGAAGAUAUAUCGUCUAUCAUUGGCCAAGACAUCGGGUUGAUGAUUCGUGCCUUUGCUGCUGCCUUGGAGGACGAGAACCUUCUGGUAAGAAGAGGAGCUUUGGAUCUUCUACUGCAGUCUAUGCGCUUGGAUAGCGCGCCUCUGCGGAAGGCUCAAGGAGACGAUCGUACAAUUCUGAUGAGGGCAGCAGUUUCUGUCGUACUUCGACGCGAUCUCUCGUUGAAUCGGCGGCUCUACACUUGGUUACUUGGACCUGACGAGAAAACGGAGCAUCAAACAGCUUACCUACGAGCCAAUGCGCUGACUCUGCUUAGCUCAACCUUGAAAGAGGAAAUGAUCUCGCCUUCCGGUGAAUAUUCCGAAUCAAGGCCAUUCAAGAUUUUUAUCUCUCUUCUUGAUAAGUGGGAGAUAGGCGCACCACUAACGGAUGUCCUUGUAUUUGACUCUUUCAAAGCCCUUAAAGGUCUGGUCGUGACGGGCACGGAUGGUAGCGAAGAUGUGACUAUGACAGCUAGCACUCUGUACGAAGCUGUGGAACCAGGCAUCAUAUGGAAACAACUACUCCAGGCAGUAUUUGAUGAAAUCAUCAAAGACGAAGAGAAAUGCGAAGCGAUUUCCAUGGUCCAGUUCAUCCUCAAAACGUUCUCCCAGGACGAGGAGAUUCAGACCAUUCAUCUACCCGUAAUAUUCGCAGCUAUCGUCGAUCUCCUGCAUUUUCGACUGAGUAAAACAAAGUCCCCACCUUUAUCCACCACCACCAAGGAAAUUCUGUUACUCUUGGAGAUUAUAUUACACCAGAUCCCUCGUGUCGCUCUUAUGCAGCGGCCAGAAGCAAACGAAGGGGACAGCUCUGUGAGAGAUUCACAACGACCAUACAUCUUUGCUUGCACAGUUUACGGAAUUGAGCCCCUUGCGAUCGAGCCUGCCUCAACUUCUGGGUCUUUUAGCAUUCCUUUUGCAUCAUCUUUCGAGAGCCUGGUAUCCCUGAGCUCUAUCUUCUCUCAUAACUUAGUUUCGGCUGCAGAGAAGGUUGUUGCAUUCCGUGAAGCGCUCUGUCAAACUCUUCUUCUCCUUGAUGCGCUGGUCGGCAGACUUGGCACAUCUAUGAUGAAGAUUACGUGGCAUCCUUCGCACUGGUUGUCGGUGGUCCUCGAUUGUAUCGGUCACGGGUCUGCCAAUUUUACAACCGUGGAUCGCACUGUGAGCCUUGUCGUUGCGUUGCAUCACGCAUCAGGGAUGGAACCCAAGGUGCACAUCGAUGAACGGCCUACGAUGUAUAAAAUGGUGAUCAAGCUUCUUCGUUAUCUUCGCUCGGAUUGCGCAGCCUAUCACGUACGGGUGGUCAAUCUUAUCUGGGCAUUGGAAGCUGCCACUAAGAGACCACACGUUGAAUCGAUCCUGGCUCAAACUAUGAAUUCGCCCGAGUCUCGGAAUGUUCAAGAAUCGUAUGAAGCAUUUGGUAUCCUGUGGAGAUUAACAGAGGACAAUCUCCUUCCCGGUUUUCGGUUCAAGGUCCCUAUGAUGAUCGUUCUGGACACACUGAAAAACGAUGACCCUAGUCUUCGGCGGAUUGGCGAAACGUGGAUGCGUUGUAGUCUCAAGUCCUAUUUGAGAGUGUUGGACCCGAUCAUCUUCGAACUGCUGGAUCCUUCAAUCCGGAGAGUGCCCAACACGGUAAAAGUUCGAGGCAAAGAACUGCAAGGGUUCGCUUAUGGGCGCCCAUUCGAUCAGCGUUAUACCCAACACUUGCUCGAGAUGUUGCUAUCAGUAAUCCGAUUUGGGGGACAAGGAUUUGCCAAGACGGCGCGAAGCACAUCCAUCAAGCGUUCUCAGCAUUCAGGGCUUGUUCAAAGGGUGCAGUCUGGAGGUUUCCCUGAGCAAGACGUCACCUAUAUGGAAGUGCUGGUGGACCUAUUGCUUCGUUUCCUGCAAUCUGAGCCUAGUGUGCCCUGGGCUCCCACGAUGCAGCCUCAGAAUGCAGUGAUACAUUCGACCACGGUGGACCUUCUUCAGACGAUUGUUGCUCGCGGCGAAAUAGAGCUUGUCGUGGUUGAAUCCAUCGAAGCAAUAGUCAUCGGAAAGCUCUAUUAUUGCAUUCACACGAACAGACUGGACCUGCAGAAUAAGCUACUUCACCUGCUCCAUUCGGUGAUCUCUGCAUCUACCACUGACGAUCUUGUCAGACUAUUCGGAAAGCAUAGACAAGGUGAACGACCUCCGGAGACCCUAACUACGUUUGACGGCACUCAGGAAAUACAACCAAGAGCAUACACUGUCAAUCCUUUACUCAUUCAAACCCUGAUGGAUGGCAUAUCUAUUCCAAACAAUAGGCCUGUUUUGCAGCACUGGCUGGACUUUGUUCUCAUGGCCGUCCCUCAGUUCCAGCCCGCUCUACAUGCAGUUAUUGCUCCGCUAAAUGAAUGCAUAUGUCGCCAGCUUCAAACGUCGCUUAACAACCUUUUAAAAGCAUCAAGCCAUGACGACACAUUUAGCGAUGAUACAAACUCCACGGUCACUGACGCAGAGUUCAUCAUGCUGCUGAAUGGUCUUGAACGUCUCGUACUACUUAGUCUUGCAUAUACAUCAGAACUGCUAAGUCCGGAGGAGGAUUCAAGUGGGACAGAGAAGUCUGCUGAAUCCGGAGGCAUUCUUGGUUACGUUUCGACUGUCUUUAGCUCUGAGCAUACGCAACAAAAUGUGGAUGAGCAGUUGACAGUUCGAUCGCAAGGGUACCGCUCGCUACAAGAUGCUGUGCAAGUUCUGUAUUCGAUAUGGAGUUUGCUAUGUUGGACAGAUCCCGAGACACGUGCUCCGAAAGAUGAAUCGACAUCUCUCAUCUACAAUCGCGUACGACUUCGCAGUCGCAGGGUACUUGAGCACCUGUUUCGAGUGCAGUCUCCUGAGGUGUUCGAAGCCAUUGUGGAUUGCUGGAACAAGGAUGUUGGGACCACGACUAUGUCGAGCUCGGGAUUUGAGCUGACGGACAUAUUAAUAGCCAAUGCGCAGAGCGCGGUCCAGAUGAUAUGUGACAGUAUCUCAGGUCGCAUUUCAGGCCUGUUAGAGAAGACGAAGAAGCAGACAAUGAAUCCCGAACUAACCGAUGGCGUGCUGUUUAGGUUCCUUGAGCAAUAUCUUCAGCGUCUUGAGGGUCCUUUGGCUGUGCAAGUUUGGAGCCGUUUUCUUCAAUUGACCAAGGAAGUCAUCGGUGGUGGAAAGGACUAUAGAUCACAGAGCUUUCCGACCCUAAGAUGUUUGACCGUUUUAGCGGAUAAGUUGACGCAGACGACGGCCAUAGAAGAUAGGCGGAUACGCAAGGACCUCCAGGAAACUUUCGGAAAACUUCUCGACUCGUGCGUAAUGUAUGUUGGCCGAUCAUUCGACCAAGGAUCUUGGAUUCGGCGGACUACCAAAGAGGCUUUGGCCACCAAUGGCAGAGAAUCUCCAGCUCCACGUAACGAUGCAAAGAUUGAUGAAAAGCUCAAUUCAAGUAACACCUCGCUAACGCCAGAACCGCCUAAGCCUGCCUCUAACGAAGUCAUGAUUCAGAUCAAUGACUUCAUCGCGAAAACAAUACUUCCGAACUUGCGGCGUUUCCUUGUAGACAAUGACAAAGUUGCAGGAGCAUGCAGCAACAUCGUGUAUUACAUUGUCAAUCCGGCCAUGAAAGGUAAAACUAAACCAAUGGACGUUGAUGCUACCACCGUUUCCAUUCUACAACAAAUGUCUAGGCUCCCUGCAGCGCUGAAAGCGUGGCGGACACCAAUUUCAGAUCUCUUGAACGAUAACCGGGUAUUCAAUAGCACUGCAGAGGCUGCCGAGCCAUGGAGACCUAUAAUGAAGUCUCUCUUCGAUGCAGACAAAACUGCGUUUCCCGAAUUACUUGGCAAGGUGGCCACCGCGCCAUCCACAAAUAUCUUUACGAAUAGGGAGUAUGAAAUGUUGUUGCGGUCGCUCAAUCUUCGUAGACUGUCCUUCGUGUUGUUCACCGGGGACAAGAAUCAUUUCCUAACACAGCUACCGUCAAUACAAGAGAAACUGGUGGAUAUUCUUCGUAAUGUGUCAGCCCCAAAUGUCCAGAGUGACGUUUACCUCUGCAUACGCGUCCUAUUGUGCCGUCUAUCCCCCCACAACCUCACCAGCUUCUGGCCAGUGAUUCUCACAGAAUUGUACCGCCUCUUCGAACAAGUCAUGUCUACGUUACCAUCGGAUGGAUCAGACGACUUACAGCUGAUAUUGUCUGCUUGCAAGUUUCUUGAUCUUCUGUUGGUCCUACAAACCGAGGAAUUUCAAAUUCACCAAUGGAUCUUCAUAACCGAUACAGUGGAUGCAAUAUAUCGACCAAACGAUUGGUAUCCAGAAGCGAUGUUUGACCAGUUGGCUGAGAUUGCUGGUAAUCUACCCAGUAAUCCUGCGUCGCAGAACGGGUCAACUGACCUAGGCAUUGGCGCAGCGUCAUCAUUCAAUUCUCAGAGGGUGAUGCGGCGCCCUUUGCUGAACAGGAUCCAUCAGAUAGACAGUAUACGUGAUUUGGUUCCCUUCUUUUCUAGCAUAAGUAUGUCAUCUUACGAGAGUGUCUACGCGAGUGGUGGUAUCGUAGAUUGGGAGGCGAUAGAGAAGGGGUUAAUGGAUGAUAUGUUUGACGGACGGUAAUUAUUUAAUGGGCUACUACAUGUAUUGAUACCUUCCACUUUGCUUGUGAUACCUUAAUGCUAUGUCUGUCCUCAGAUAUUUUAUUAACAUGCGACAGCUG